CGAGAUUCCCCACAGUGUGCCUGAUCUUUUUAAGAACAUUGUUGAAAGAAAGAGUUGAGGUCCGCAAAGACAAAUGAAGUGUUUUCUCCAGUAGUUUCUGCCUGUGUGAGAUGGUGCAGCAGCGGCAGUCAAGUUGGAACAGGAGCUUGUUUGUUCGCAGUCAGUGUUAUCAUUUUUAGAAACCUUGCCAGGACAGACGAUGAAGGGGGGGGUUUGCCCUGACCCAGAAUCCUUGAGGCAGCCUGAGUCUCUCCUACCUUUCCCUUCUACUUACAGCAAUUACAGGCCUCCACCCGCAACUAUAAUAACGGUAUAAUGGGAUGGCAGCAGAGCAGCAAUAAAAGCCACCCCUGACAGAUUAACAGUCCUCUCCAAGUUCUGAACUGUAAUUAACAAUGAGACCGAAGAGGAACAGAGAGGAAAGAAAGGAGCUGGAUUGAAAGCUUGAAAAGAUAAAGAUAUAAAGGGAUGGGCUCUCUGUGGAGUGAUUUUAAUAAAAUCAGGAUAAGCCUUUAACUGUCAGCAUGAGUGAGUCGAAGCUGGAAAUCCCAGAGAGAUCCUGACUAAAGCUGCGUUUGGAAAUCGCUGGAAUGGACUAAUAAUUUUAUCUUAACAUUUUGAUGCUUAAAGAUUUUAGUUUGAUAUUUUGGGAAAUGUGUUUCUUGGCUUUCUGGCAAAGAUCGAAACCCACGGUCGUCUUCGCAUAAGUAUGAAGCUAUAACUGGCGUCAUGUGGAGUGUUUGGUAGACAUGGGAAAGAUUCUCGUGUUAACGACUUGUGAUCGUUCACGUCACCCAACAACUCGACCCUUUGUUGCGAUCACAGAGGCCGUUGUGUGAGGGUUGUGGGUCGACAACAUAAUGCUUCAUUCACACAAUGCUAACCUUGUAGUAACCAGUUUCUUACCAAGUGAAACCACAUGAAAUUCUAUUGCUCUUUCAAAAAAGAGCUGAAUUCACUGUAAUAGUGUUAAUAUUUAAUUUAUUUGAAUGAGUUUUGAUGAAACUUGUAUAUACUUUUUGGUCAUUCAUAUUUGUUUUGUUUUCAGGCACUUCUGUGUUAGUAAACAUAUUGGAGCUUUCAGAAAAAUCAGUUUUCCAGUGUCGGCUACAACUUGGAAGUUGGUGGGAACACUGAAUCAUAAGUGCGAUAACUCCUACUUGUCAUGAACGCAGCAUGUUGCUUGGAUGUUUAUAGGAGUGGUUUUUGCUAUGAACACUGAUCAGUCUUUAAAAUUGGUCAAACAAAAACCACGUACCUGACAAUAUUUAGAUGCGGCAUAUUUAGUUUCACUUUCUGAUAACCCAAACUGUGACCGUCAUUCUGCUGCACUUCUUUCUCUUGACCUGUAUCUGGAAAUUUAAAAAAGAAAUGCUGCAAUUAUCAAUCCAGUAAUCAUCAAGAACUUGGCAUUUCUCUCACCUUCGUUAAAGACUGAAUAACACCGAAAAUAUCAAUCACUGUUGAACAGAAGCCCAGCAGAGUGAAGCUCACAGCUCCUGACAGUCCUGGAGGGGUGUGAACCCACUGGACCCGGAUGUGCAACAAAAACACGCAGCAUAUAAAUAUUCUCAGGAACUUUGGGCUUUAAAACCCAAAUGAUUAAAUUGCAUGUUUCUUUCUGCCAUAGCAAAAAUCACAUGUUCUGUGAUCAGACGCCAAAAGGGAGAAAUGUAUAUAAUAUUUGGUAUCAUGAUGACGCCCAGUAGUUUUACAUUAAUUUGAUGGAAAUACUGUUCUGGUUCAUGUAGACAGAGAUGGCUAAAUGCAUAGUUCCCAAAAUGCAGAAUUAGUCCUUUAAGCCUGGUUUUCUGUCAGGAGAUGUUUACCUGCGGACAGAGGGUGGUGCAGGCAUUUUUGUGGGGAAAAGAAAUUGCAUGCAAGUGUGCUUGUGCGCGCGUGCGUCCUCUAUGUGAGAGGAAGAUGGCUCUUGCCUACAUAAUCACACACUCCCUUCACUUUGGUGGCCACCCGCCCCCACCUCCACCACCACCUCUCUCCAUAUCCAGUCCCUCCCUCCCUCCCAGACUCCCUCUGUCUGAGGCUCUGUGCAUUUCUCACAGAGGAUCUGCAGAAUAAUGGACUCACAUCAUGCAGCAGGUCUCAGUGUUUUCAAAAGCGCUUUCAGCCCAGCAGACAUCAGGCUGGAGCUCAUUUAAACCGGGAAUCUGUAAUUUACUGUAAAGUUCUUUUUUUUUUUUUUUUAUUCACAGCACAAGGACUUCUUUCAUAUAUUUUUCUGCGUCAUGUCUUUUUAUGUCGUCUGACUUUUUCCGUGUUUUGAUGUUUAUGUGAGGGGGAUUAACAGGCCCACCAUGGUUUUUCCAACAUAAAUCAACAGUUUCUUUCCUACGUUUUGGUGCAGGCUGCUUUCUGUUUACCUAUUACAGGGAAUGGGAGGAUCUCAUUAGUUUUUUUAAAGGCUCUAACUAGAUUUUCUGGAAGCGGGUAUGGGCCAGUUUUUUUGCUCGACAAAUGGGUCUUUCGGAGGUAAAAGCAGAGGAACCCUGCUGCUUCAGAUGAAGUGAGUAGCUCAGGUUUUUCUUUGCAGGGCUUGCGACAUGGGCUGAGCUCCUGUGAUGACUCUUUUCUCCUGAAGGCUGUUGAAUUCUCAGAGGAUGGACGACGGAGACGGAUAAAACCAUAAUUUAACGGACAGACUAUAGUUAAAUCUCUUCACCUUUACACGCGGAAAGCGCGCGCACACCGGCACGGAAUAACACCGGAGCUUCUGAGCGCACCAGACUGGGACCGAGGCGUCAGCCAAAUUUCCAGUCACUAAAUUUCAGCUUUUCCCAGUGGAGUUUGGUUGUUGUGUGAUAUCAUUUAGUGUUUAGAGGCAAUCAAGCACGGAUUUUACAAGAAUAGUUCCUUUCAGACUAAUUAACUUAAAUGUAAUCUCUAAAGAAUUAGUGACGAUGCGGCUUUAUUUGUCUGGUGUUGAAAUAAGCAGGCGCGUGUAUGUUAUAAAAUUACCUUAGCAGAAUAAAUGUGAAGUCAGCAGAUGUGGGUUUCCUUUUCCACAUGAAGCGGUUUUGACUAAAAUACCCUGUUUGAAGUGGAUAUUGGAUUUUUUUGGUUUUGGGGCAUUGGUUUAACCCUCAGGUUAAAAUUUAAAUCACUUUACGCGCAUAUUUCUUGGUGCUUGACUUUGAGACUCAGCUUUAGUUGCAGUCCACCGCAGAGACCUUCCUUUUUUUCAGCUGGAUUUCUCUCCGUCUCCUCACCGGACAAUGUGGCUCCCCCGCCUCGCGCUGCUGCUGCUGCUCCGGUUCUCCGGUGUGCUGCUGGUGGAGGGGCUCAACACGUGCCAGUCCAUCAACCUGGACGCACAGAAGUCCCGGCGCAUCGAGGCGGUCCGCGGACAGAUCCUCAGUAAACUCCGGAUCCGCAGCCCGCCGGAAGAAGAGGAGGCCCCACCGCCUGCCCCGGUGCCCCCGGAGGUCAUGCUGCUGUACAACAGCACGCGGGAGCUGCUGAAGGAGCGCGCGCGUCUGACCGAGUCCGCGUGCGAGCGCGAGAGCAGCGAGGAGGACUAUUAUGCCAAAGAAGUGCAGAGGAUUGACAUGCUGCCCCCGCGCACCGACACAAAUGCAGUGCAGCCAGUAGCACCCAGCCCCCACUACAGAGUGGUCCACUUUGACGUCAGUGGAGUCGACCUGACCAACAGCACCCUGGUCAAGGCUGAGUUCAGGAUCUUCAGAGCUCCCAACCCGCAGGCCCGGGCCUCAGAGCAGAGAGUGGAGAUCUAUCAGCUGCUGAAGCCAGAUGAAGAGAGCACCUCCACUCAGCGUUACAUUGACUCCCGCACCGUGCAGCCGAGGGCGAAGGGGUCCUGGAUCUCUGUGGAUGUCACGGAAACUGUUAAGGACUGGGUGUCAGAUCCAGAGAAUAAUCUCGGACUGAAGCUGGGCGUCCACUGUCCCUGCUGCACCUUCGUCCCAUCCACCAACAACAUCGUUCCCAACAAGAGUGAGGAACUGGAGGCCCUGUUUGCAGGUGUGGAUGACGAGCAGCUUCGUCGGAUAAGAAAACCCGGUCAGGUUAAAGGCCAGGCGGAUUUCAGCACCAAGACGCCACACCUCAUCCUCACCCUGCUGCCCAGCGACAGAGUUGACAACCCGGCCAAGAAGAACCGCAAGAAGAGGGCAGCCGCCACAGACACCACAACCUGCUCCCGUGGCUCAGACCAGGGCUGCUGCCUGCGCUCGCUCUACAUCGACUUCAGGCGUGACCUCAACUGGAAGUGGAUCCAUGAGCCCAAAGGCUACAAAGCCAACUUCUGUGCUGGCAACUGUCCUUACAUCUGGAGUGCCAACAACCACUACAACAUGAUCCUGCCCCUGUACAACAAGCUGAACCCUGAAGCCUCCGCCUCGCCCUGCUGCGUUCCUCAGGACCUGGAGCCCCUCACCAUCAUGUACUUCAUCGGCCGCACACCACGCGUUGAGCAACUCUCCAACAUGGUCGUCAAAUCCUGCAAGUGCCGCUGAGGGAAGCAAGUUCAGAGGAAGAGGUGAGGGGGGAGGGGGGGGCACAGAGGAGGAGAAUGAUUAACAGGACUGAAACUUCAAACUGCUUCACUCAGGGUGAAAAUAAAGACGAGAGGACAGAUGGAUCCUUUGUUCAUGAAUCUUCACUGUUUGAUCACCUUUAGCAGACCUUUGAGAUGUUAUUUUUUUACCAUACGUGACCCAAAUAUCAAGACUUUGCUGACAUUCACUUACAGGCAUGAAAACUUUUCAUUUUUUUUCAUUCUCUGGAACUUUCCGUCUGAUAUAGGACACUGUAAAUAUGACAACAUAGCUGUAUUAAACCUGUACUUGGAUAUUAAAAA